CCAGCCCCAGGGGCCUCGUCACUGGGCGUCAUUGGCUCAGGCAUCAGGGCCCUCAUCACCCUCUCCCGCCUGGGUCCGGACGGGCGGCGGCGGUGUCGUCGUCAGGGGGCGGAGCCGCCCUGGGCGCCCUUUGUCUGUGGAGGCGGGUGCUCAACCUGAAACUGCUCAACCAGGAGGCAGAUUUGAAUAUCAUAGUGAAGUCUGUACAUGAAGGAUUGAUGCCUUUAGGGAAAAAAACGAAUGUAAUAGCCACUUUCAGGAACCUCUGCAUCUCAACUCUGCAUGAACAAGGCAAGAUUCUGAGAGUGGCUGCUCCUGGGAAGCAGAAGUCAUUCUCAUGGAUAUCCACUGGCUCCUGACCCUCUCAUGAGUUGAGGCACCUUUAAUACCUGGGAGUGGCUGUUUCCUAUAAGGCACUGGGAAAAAUCAGCCUUCAGGGACUGACAAGGAUACUGAAGCUGCUAGUACUGGUGUAUCUCCUGACUGUCAUGCUAGAAGAGAACAAGGCUUUGGGGACAUUACAACUUAAGAACUGCAAAGAGGUGUAGUCAUCCUGGUGGAGGACUGAAUCCAGUAAUGCCUUCUCAGAAUGCUGUACUUUCCCUGGAGGGAAACAUGGAGAAGGAAAUGAAUGUUGGAUCACAGAUACAGCGGUCUCAGUGAAGCUAUGUGACUCUUGAGGCUGGAUGAUGAAAGCUGGUUCUCUUGGGAGUUUUGCAUUUGGGGUCCAGCUACCAUGCCGUGAGGAAGCCCAAGCAGCCUGUGGAGAGGCCCGUAUGGAGAGAACCUGAGGCCCCUGGUUGAGCUCACAGCUGACAGCCAGCACCAACUUGCCAGCCACAUGAAUGAGCCUCUUAAAAGUGAAUCCUACAGCCCAAAGUUGAGCCGCCCCAGCUGAAACAAAGUGGAACAAAGAUGAGCUAGUCUCACUGAGUCCUGCGCAUGUUACAGAUUCUGAAUCACUGACAUUCCAGGACGUGGCUGUGGACUUCACCAGAGAGGAGUGGGACCAGCUAUACCCUGCUCAGAAGAACCUCUACCGAGACGUGAUGCUGGAGAACUAUAGGAACCUGGUUGCACUGGGGCAUCAACUUUAUAAGCCAGAGGUGAUCACUCAGUUGGAGCAGGAGGAGCAGUGGAUGAUGGAAACAGACAGCCCACCAGACACUCAUCCAGAUGGGGAGAAUAGUCCAGAAAUAAAAAAAUCAAACCAGAAUAUUUCUGAUGAAAAUAAAACCUGUGACAUGCUAAUGGAGAGAUUAACAGGAGACAGUUUCUGGUACUCCAUCUUAGGUGGACUCUGGGAUUUUGAUUACCGGUUAGAAUCUAACCAAGAAAACCAGCAGAGACAUUUAGGACAAGUAUCUUUCACUCACAAAAAGAUCACACAGGAGAGAAGCCUUGAAUGUAAUAGAUUUGGGGAAAACUAUAAUCUGAACUCAAACCUUGUUAUGCAUCAGAGAAUUCCUUCAAUUAAAAUACCCCUUAAUUCUGACACACAAGGAAAUAGCAUCAAGCAUAAUUCAGACUUGACUUACUAUCAGGGAAACUAUGUAAGAGAGAAUCCUUAUGAAUAUAAUGCGUGUGGAAAAAUCUUCAAUCAACAUAUUCUUCUUACUACUCAUAUUCAUACUGAGGGGAAACCCAGUGAAUGUGGGAAGGCCUUCAGUCAAAAGUCAUCUCUUACUCAACCUCAGAUAGUCCUCACAGGAGAGAAGCCCUAUAAGUGUGAUGAAUGUGGGAAAAGAUUCAGCCAGAGGAUACAUCUUAUUCAACAUCAGAGAAUUCACACAGGAGAAAAACCUUUUAUAUGUAAUGAAUGUGGGAAAGCCUUCCGUCAACAUUCAUCCUUUACUCAACAUCUGAGAAUUCAUACUGGAGAGAAGCCCUAUAAAUGUAAUCAGUGUGGUAAAGCCUUUAGCCGUAUCACAUCCCUUACGGAACAUCAUAGACUUCAUACUGGAGAGAAACCUUAUGAAUGUAGUUUUUGUGGGAAAGCCUUCAGCCAAAGGACACAUCUUAAUCAGCAUGAGAGAACUCAUACAGGAGAGAAACCCUAUAAAUGUAAUGAAUGUGAAAAAGCCUUCAGCCAGAGUGCACACCUUAAUCAACAUAGGAAAAUCCAUACUCGGAAGAAAUUAUGUGAAUAUAAUAAAUGUGAGAAAACCUUAAGCCACAGUCCUUCACUUACUCCUCAGCACAUAACUCAGAAUUUUUAGCUUUGUCCUGGCGGGGGUGGGGGUGGGGUAAGGGACUCAUAUGAAUAUAUAAAUGUAGGAAAAUUUUGGUCAGACCUUUUCAUCCCACGCAAUAUCAUAUUAUUCAUAGUGGGGAGAAAGGUUAUAAAUAAACUUUUAAUGUGUAGAAGCCAAAUAAAUUUAGAUCUUAAACUAGUAGCAUAUUAUAUUCCCAGAAGAGGUUAUAAAUAGUGAAAGUAAUUUAUUUUAUAAACAAGAUUAUAUGAGGAGUCAUGUUCCAAAACUUUUCUUAAUGACCAGAAAUCCUGUAGGCAAUAACCUAUGAUUAUUUCCCUGUGAUUUUUAUAGCAUAAAGUUUUUAAAUUAUAUAAACAUUGAUUAAUCAAGGCAAUGAUAUGGUAUAACCAGUCACAUAAACUUGAAAUGAACAGAAAAGAGCAAUAUUUCUUAAACUUCAGUCAUUUGUAUGCAUCCUUUACAGAUUUUACCAUAUUCAGUGUUUACUUAAUAUUUUCCUUUAAAGGGACUCAGAAUUUUUAGCCUUGUCCUAGGAAAUAUUAUUUAUGGAAAUUGUGAGUUCUAUAUGCUAAUUAUAUUCUAAUUUCCAGCAAAAUAAAUAUAUAACUUUGAAAUUGAAAAUAUCCAUUGAUGUACCACCUAAGUCUUCUGACCAUUUUUUGAAAAGCCAUGUGAGAGGAUAUGGCAGUAUUAUGUUAUUUUUUAGGAAUCCUUGCAUUAUUUUCAUCAAACAGGUCCUAGGAUCUUUAAGAAGAGUCUUGGAGGAGACUGAGGGUCAUAUUGAUGAACUUUGAAAAGUGAUUCAGAGAAGUCUACUUUUCUAUCCUGUUAUUCUAGUUUUAAAUUUCCCUGUAGCAAACAUAGAUUUUUGAACUAAAAUUGUCAUUUCUGUUAUUAUUGCAGAUUUGAAUAGAGAGAAGGUUUUAUUUUAUAAUGACAGGGGCUUUAUAAGAAUCCCUACACCUCCCUGCACCACUGUGGAAGAUGGAAGUAGGGCACCGUACCAGAGGAUGAGUGGUGGUGCCACACUGAGGCUAAGAACCAGGGAAGAGCCUUACUGGCUUAUAUAAACAACUAAAGAAGUGUUACUAAUUGGCUUAUUAAUUCGUUUUAUUUAUUGAAAUAUAUUUAGGUACCACCUUUUUCCAAAAAGAAUUUAAGGUGUUUUAAUUUGAUUUUUAUGAUUACUGCCUUGUUUGACAGAAAUCACUUUUUGACAUUACAAAGCAUCGUAAAUAUAAACUGUCAUAAGCCAUGAACAGCUGCAACUAGGAGGCUGCUUCUGUUUCUUGGCUUUCUGUUUUUCUCUCGGUCUUCUCAGGUACGGCUGAAGAAGCCAUGAGGCUAAGUAAGAAUGCAGUCCCCUUGCUUUCUCACCUUCCUUCUAACAUAUCUCCCAGCUCAAGACUUCCCCCUUUUUUUUUCCCUGUGAAGGACUAGAUAUCACAGGCCUUAAGUGAAAGCUGGAAUGAUUUAAAUUUUUUAAAAAAUUAAAACACUAAAAACCAAGAAAGAAAUGAAAUGAAUUCAUUUCAUCAUGGAAGUUAAACUUUUCAAAGUACAUUUAUGUCCCAUGCAUCAGUGGAUGAAAUAGUUAAUAAAACCCCAAGUUACUGUAGUCAUGGAGGAUUUCUAAUAGUAUUUUGUGUUCAGAUAUCUGUGAAAUGGAGAUCCAUUGUCAAGACAUAUAAGUUCUGGAAGUGUCUCUUCACCAAAAGGAUCUACAUUGAACAUUUAUUUACCCUAAGGAGGCAGAGUAUAGAGCACUCAGGUUUCAGGAAGAGAGAGUGAGCCAAGGCGAAGUCUCAGGUAGCAGAGGUAUGUAUGAAAAGAAGUAAUGGUUAAUUACAAUUGGUGAAGCCUUUGAUCAAAGUUUAAUUUUGCAACUGGGGGGCGGGGGGGGGCGGAAACCUGAAUAAUCCACAAAGAGUGCUAAGGGCUUCAAUACAAGGCAUUGUAUCUCAGCACAGGGGAAGAAGGAGAGCACUAUGGGAUUUUUCAGGAGAGGAUCAGCAGAAUUUGGACAGUUUCAGAAAAGAGGAGUCGGGACUGAAGAAGACCAGUUGGCCAUGGAUUUUCAGCAAUUCUUCAUAAAUAGGAAUUAUAAAAUUAGAAGCCUAUUAUAUAUCCUUAGGGUCAUAAAUGAUUAUGCUUAUGUUAACUGUACAGUAAACUAUGUCAUUCUGGUGUGAAUUCAUUCUCAUGUCCUUUGUUGUCUUCAACAUGUUCCAAGUUAAGUGAAUCCUAAAUAUAUUUAUUACAUCAAAAUUCAAGGAAGCCAUAGGAGUAGUACUCAUUCAGAAACCUGUUGUUAUGAUUUAUUUCUGUGUAGGAGGGCAAGAUAUUACCCUUUUACAUAUAUUAAUUCAUUUGGUCCAUCCAAACAGGUGUUGUUGCCUUUCUUUUAUGAAAAGAGAUACUUCAGCUUAGACAUAAUAAUAAGUGAUUUAUUAUUCAGGGCUUCUUGGACUGAAAUGUCACUAGAACAUGGAUCAUGUUACUCCUAAUCCAGUGGAUACAAACAGUGCCAGGAACAGUGUUUUAUAGCACUCUGAAAACAUUUGAUAACUAUAUUAAAAUUAAUAAAAUGAGAGAUUGCUGCUCAACACCAAAAUUCAUAUGACUCUUUUUCUGAACCUCAGAGUAUAAAAGGAUUGCCAUGUUGAUAGAUUCUCUUAUGUCCAAACGUCUUAUGGGUUGGAGAAAAAUACUCAUCUGGAUUUUGAUUAAUGUUCAAUUUAUUAAUUUAAGGAACCAACUGACAUUCUUUAAGCAGCCAACAUUCCUCUAAUUAUUCAUAGAUGUGCAAAUAAUAAAUAAAAACUUAAGAAUUUCUAAAAUUAGAUAUCCCUACUCUUUUAAACACUGAUCAGAUUUAAAUACAUGUAAACAUUUCAUUAAAAUCACAAACCUAGGGCUUCCCUGGUGACACAGUGGUUAAG